UUGUUGGAGCUUUCUUCAUUGAAACUCUGCUGCUGAAGAUGGAGCAGCUAACGGUCCCGGCCAGAGUCCUGCUGUUUAUCUGCCUAAUAUUCCCCUGCCAGGGAGCUGAGCGAGCCAAACAGAGAGGAAUAAGACAGAAGGACAUGGAGUACAUGGAGAAAUGCACUGAGGGAAACACAGGCAAACUGAACUGCAGCAGAAACACAGCUGAGAGCCAGUCGACACAAAAUAACAUGUACUCCAGCUGCCUGCAGGGUCCAGCAGGAAUCCCGGGCAAGGAGGGAAAUCCGGGAGUGAACGGGAUCCCGGGAACGCCAGGUGUGCCGGGAAGGGACGGGGCCAAGGGGGAGAAGGGGGAAUGCGUCAGUGAGAUAUUUGAGGAGCCCUGGAGACCCAACUACAAACAGUGCGCCUGGAACUCCCUCAACUACGGCAUCGACCUGGGCAAAAUCACAGAGUGCACGUUCACCAAGCUGCGCUCUGACAGCGCCCUGCGUGUGCUCUUCAGCGGCUCGCUCAGGCUCAAGUGCAAGACGGCCUGCUGUCAGCGCUGGUACUUCACCUUUAACGGAGCGGAAUGUUCCGGGCCACUGCCCAUAGAGUCCAUCAUCUAUCUGGACCAAGGCAGCCCAGAACUCAACUCCACCAUCAACAUUCACCGGACCUCGUCAGUGGAAGGCUUGUGCGAGGGCGUUCGAGCUGGACUGGUGGACGUGGCUAUCUGGGUGGGGACCUGCGGGGACUAUCCCCGGGGAGACGCCUCCACCGGCUGGAAUUCCGUCUCCAGGAUGAUCAUUGAAGAACUGCCCAAAUGACCUCGGACCUCCUCCAUAAUCCCCUGAUUCAGAUUAUAAAUCUGUGUGCAGAUGUUCAGCAGAACGGGCUGGAACCAGCAGAUCAUCAACCACCAUUACUGGAGAGCAGCUAAGGGUCCAAGUAGUUAUUAGUAAAUCAGCUUGAGAAGGUCCCGACACUUGAAGCACGAAGCAACUCUGUAGACUGUACAGUGUCCUGUCUUUUUUAUACGUUUUAUAUGUUUUUGUUAUUGGGUUUUAUAUACAGUCAAGGCAGAAUAUUAUGAUACACUUACUGUCCAUGUUAUCAGCUCCACUGAUCAUAUAAUGUAUCUGUCUCUCUAUUUAUUUUAUUAUUCUACUUCUUUAAUUGAUGCCACAACACAAGGAGGGAAAAGACCAGCACAUGCCUCCUCCGAUACAUGUGAAGUCAGACUCCACCUCUUUUCAAACUGCUGCUAAUGCAGCAUUACCAAGUGGCAUUAUAGCAUGCUUGGAGGAAAGCGCUGCGACUCAGGCUAAGUGUGCUCUCUCAGGGCUCUGGUAGCUGAUGGCAAGCUGCAUGACCAGGAUUCAAACCAGCAAUCCCUCCCAAUCAUAGUAGCAGCGCUUUAGACUGCUGGACCACUCACGCCCCUAAAUUCCAGUGUAUUUAACAAUGAAGCUUUACAGUAUAUAUUACAGUGUACGACUACAACAUGUGUUUAAAACAGAUGUGUCUGUACUUCUAUUUGUUAAAAGUCACAUAUUUACUAAUACAGUGCAUCACAAAAGUGAGUACACCCCUCACAUUUCUGCAGAUAUUUAAGUAAAUCUUUUCAUGGGAAAACACUGACAGAAUUAAACUUUGACACAAUGAAAAUUAAUCU